CUUCACAGCGCCAGUUUGACGGAGCCGGUGACCGGCACUGGACUAUAGAUAUCUACUUGUGUACAUACGUAGUGUAAAGAUGGCGUCGUCGGUGUGUGUAUCUAGGUGUCGUUUGUUCGCUAAAUUAGAAAUAAAUCGUGGCUUGUGUUUAUCACCAAUUUUGAGGGAUUUGUCAAAUAGCAGGGAAUCAUGGUGUCGGCGAUGGCGGCCCACCCGCCGCACCUUCUUUACAAGUAUAUGCGUUCAUGGAUCAAAAAUGUCUCCCACAAAAGUCGACACCGAGAAAUCUGACGGUACAUCUCAAGUGACGGUGACGUACCGACGCGGGCUGCCGGUGAUCACGGUGCCGCUGCCGUCGCGCCGCGAGCGCUGCCGGUUCACGCUGCGGCCCGUCUCGCAGACCGUCGGCGAUCUACUAGAACAGGUGAAGGCUGAAGACCGUGGUGUGGAGCGCGCGGCGGCGCUGGCCGCGGACGAGCGCAUACGCAUCGCCGCCAGCGAUACCAUCGAGUCGCUGUUCGAGGCGGACUUCAGGCUUAUCAUCAACGACACAGAGUAUUACGUAAAAAGUCCACCACAAGAGCGUCUGAGCAAUGAAGAAGUGACGCGACUGAGUGAUGUUAGAAACCUCGUGAAUCAACUGUACGAGGCUCUGAAUGUGCGCGAGCAUCAGAUACGGAAGGAGCGGGAGCUCAGGGCACAGCUGGAGAAGUUAUCCACCGAGCUGCAACCAUUGGAAGAGAAACGCAUGGCGCUCGAAGUGGAAACCUCUCGCAAGACAUCGGCGCUGACGUGGGUCGGUCUGGGGCUCAUGGGCGUGCAGUUUGGGGUACUCGCUCGGCUCACCUGGUGGGAGUACUCGUGGGACAUCAUGGAGCCUGUCACCUACUUUGUCACCUACGGCACCGCCAUGGCGGCCUACGCGUACUUCGUGCUUACUAAGCAGGAAUACGUUUUACCGGACGUGAAGGAUCGACAACACUUACUCACGCUGCACAAGAAGGCGAAAAAGAUCGGACUUGACAUCAACCAAUACAACAGUCUUAAAGAUGAGAUAGAUAAGUUAGAAAAGGACUUAGCUCGUCUGCGGGACCCACUCCAAAUCCAUUUACCGUCCUCUUACGUAGAGAAGGGGGUAGAUGACAAACGCUCCCCUCUCACCAAAAUCAAGGACAUGCUCGAAGAAACCAGCAAGAAAAUGAAGAUCACGUAAUAUUGGCUCAAAUAACCGCGAAACUUCGCCUCGUCGGAGCAACGCCAUCUUUUGUUGUUAGUGGUAAACGCUUGUUGAUAACAUUGCCACGGCUUGUGUGUAGAUGGCAGCACUUUGGAAAUACACUUUGAUAAUUAAUUUCAUUGUUUGAAAAAUACUAAAGAAAUAUUUCCAAUUUGGCUUUUUAUUAAUUUUGGGUUUAAAAUAAUGUUGUUUUCGUAUAUUGUGGGUUUGCUAACAAAAUUUAUUUCUCAUGUAAUACAUUGGAUGUAUCUUAUACAUUUAAGUGUACAAAGUGUGUUUUUUCCAUUGUCUGUCUGUAUGUUUUCACACGAGCGUUCAAUCAUUUUGUAAAACUAUCCGUUGUACAGUCUCUGUUUAAAUGUAACUAGAUUUUUUAAAAACAAUUUAAUUAAAUGUUUGUCACAAGAGCACAGAUAAAAAAUAUUUAGCUUUAGUAAGUAUAAAUGCUGAAUGAAUCGAUAAGACUCAUAAAAAAUAAAUUGAUGUUAUUAUCUUGCCAGGAAAUAAUUCGAUUUUAGUAAAAUUUUCUUUUAUGGUUAAUUUAAUUUAAUUGAAAUUUAGUUUUCUUUGAAUUAGGAUUUUCAAAUUUUGCUCAUUAAAUUGUUUCCUAUUUUGUAUUAUUUUUAAGAAUCCAAUAUAUUCUUACAGACGAUUAAUUUAAAUAUCAAAAUGUUACUUUUAUUAUAAUGUAAAUUAUCUACAAAUGUAUGAUUAGAUACAAAUCAUAUUUGUGCGACUUUAAUUUCUCAAAAUUAUUUUGUAAUGGAACUAUUCUACGCCAUUUCUGUUUUAUAUUUAUAGAAAAUGUGCAAUACAGGAGAAUGAUGUAAGGAUCGAUGCCAAUGGGGAUAAAUAGACUUAUUACUUUAGACACACACAAAAAACAUUAUUUAUAAACAUGAUUAUACUACAAAUUAUAAUUUAAUUUCCUAUAAAUGUAUUUUAGUUUUAAUUAAUAAAAUCUAGUCCUUACUUAUUCAUGUUCUGAACCUAAACUAUAAUUACAUAGGUAUUUUUAAAUAAGUAGAGUAAUGGCUUUAUUUAAACCAAAUCAUGAGACUUAUAAUACUUGGCUGUAUUAGUAUUAUUCAAGUUUAAAUUUAUGAGUCAAGGUUUUCUCUUUAAUUUUUUACGUUAUUUGUCAUUUUGCGUGUACUGGAAGUUUGUAUUCACUAAUUGCUUGAUAAUGUGUACACAAAAUAGCUUUCUCGCUUAUUUGAUUGUCAUUUUUUUUUUGUAAUAUUAUCUCAGCAAAUAAGAUUUUUAUUAGUUGAGAUCCUUUUUCAAAACCGUUGAAAAAAAUCAUUAGAAAAUCGAUAUUCAAAUCGAUUAUAAACGUUAAUCGAUUAAGAAAAAUUGAUUUUAUAUUUUUUUGGAAAAUUGCUUUUUGUAUUUGCCGUGUUUUUUUUUAAAUCGUUUCUGUUUGCAAAUUCGUAGUUUAUUAACGCCUCUUUCUGUUUAUAUUAUAAUAAUAGAUCUGCACAACUGUUGAUGUUGGUGCUUUAUAUGUAUUACGAGUUUUAUUCUAGGUGUAGUUGUAAUAAAUUGAGGCUUUGUUUUAUUGUAAUUUUAGAUUUUUCCUAUUAAAUUUAUAGAGAGUUAA